GUUAUUAGGUUGUGCACUAGGGGGCAGCACUGAACUGAAGACACGGAGCUCUGAGAGGAACAAAGGAGCGGAGAAGCAAACGAUGGAAUUAGCCUGAUAUUGUCAAAUCCUGCCAACAAGAUGUCAAAACGGCCAUCUUACGCCCCGCCUCCUGCUCCGGCCCCCACUACACAAAUGCCCACCACCACUGGGUUUGUGGGGUACAACCCAUACAGCCAUCUGGCCUACAACAACUACAGGCUGGGAGGAAACCCCGGCGGAAACAACAGGGUAAUGAACUCCUCUGGGAUUACGGUUCCCAAGCCGCCCAAACCCCCCGAUAAGCCUCUGAUGCCCUACAUGCGGUACAGCCGGAAGGUAAGCAGGAAGGUUUGGGACCAAGUGAAAGCCUCCAACCCUGAUUUGAAGCUGUGGGAGAUUGGGAAGAUCAUCGGGGGCAUGUGGAGGGACCUCACGGAUGAGGAAAAGCAGGAUUACUUAAACGAAUACGAAGCUGAGAAGAUCGAAUAUAACGACUCCCUGAAAGCUUAUCACAACUCCCCGGCGUACCUAGCAUACGUAAAUGCUAAAAACCGUGCCGAAGCGGCUCUGGAGGAGGAAAGCAGGCAGAGACAGUCUCGUCUGGACAAAGGAGAGCCUUACAUGAGUAUCCAGCCAGCUGAAGAUCCUGACGAUUACGAUGAUGGGUUCUCGAUGAAGCACACUGCAGCAGCUCGGUUCCAUAGGAACCACCGUCUGAUCAGCGAUAUCCUGAGUGAAGUGGUGGUGCCUGACGUGCGCUCGGUGGUCACGACGGCACGAAUGCAAGUGCUCAAACGCCAGGUCCAGUCCCUUAUGGUGCACCAGAGGAAGCUAGAGGCGGAGCUGCUGCAGAUUGAGGACAGGCAUCAGGAGAAGAAGAGGCGGUUCCUCGAGUCCACCGAUUCCUUCAACAACGAGCUCAAACGGCUGUGCAGUCUGAAGGUGGAGGUGGACAUGGAGAAGCUGGCAGCAGAGAUGGCAGCGGCGGAAGAAGCUGCGAGACGGAGGGCGGAGGAGAGGGAAAGGGAGCGAGAGAAGGAGAGAGAGCGAGAGAAAGAGCGAGAGACGGAGGCGGAGAAGACGGAGAGAGCAACCGAGGAGGAUCAGCAAGGACCAAGUGGACCAAACAGCAGCGAACAGAAUACCAGCACUGAUAGCAAGGAGCAGGACAAACCCAGUCCAAUGGAGACAGAUGAGGCUCGUGCUGACGUGCCUGAGGGCCAGCAGGAGUGCGAGGAGCACACAGUGGAGAAGCCAGAGCAAGUAGAGAGUGGGUUAGAGGAGGGGGCAAGCGACAGUAAUCCUCCACUCGAGAGAGAAAACAGCACAGAGUCUGCACCCUCUGAUAGUGCGCUGGAGGAGAGAGCACCUGCCGCCCCACAGUAACUGAGCAAACCCCACACUCCUGCGUGUGUACAUCCUCUGAACCUUGACGCGCAGAAAAAUCAAAGGUUUUUAGAGGACACCGCCCCUUUUGUGUUUGUUUUACGUUUAUCCCGUCAUCCUCUCAUAAUACCCUGAACCCAACUGCAACACGUUCACGAAUUUUUAUCAGGGGAGGGGGGGGGUUCAUUAAAACAGCCUCUGGAAGAUUUGCUUGAAUAAAACGGAUGGUAUGUAGACGUUCUCCAUCACACGUUGCCGCAUUCGGCCGACAGAACUUUAAUUAUGUACGACCUUUAAUACUGGAAGUUAAAAGGUAAUAUAUAAUUCAAACGGAACGUGUGACCCAAGCUAACAGUUCCUUUAGUUUUAUUAUUAGAACUUCACUUCAUUAAAGGAGAGUAAAUCUCCCACUUUUACCAGUGCCAGGCUUUGUGAAGUCAAGGGAAAAAAGGUUUAAUUUUGCGCCUUCUACGCUCAUGUCCCUUAAAACUCAAUUUUCCUCUCAAUUUGAAACCUUAUUUAGCUGUAGACGGUGUUUAGGUAGCCUAAUUUCUUCCCUCUUUUAUUUCCCUAAUAUUCUUUCACUGACCUGAUUGCAUAUCUUGGCAGGAUGCUGCCGUAAAGCGCAGGUGAAACGGUCAGCAAUCUCACUAGGUUGUUAGCAUACACCUUCUCGUUAAACGCAGCCGUUUUGUACUGUUAUGAUGUAUUACCCAAUAAAGUGAUUUAUAUGUCUUAA